AACCCGAAACGACCUCGUAUUGAGUCCCUGAGAGUUCCUCCAUUAGGUUUGGAGCUUUCGCUCUGCAACUUCCUUUUUCUCUUUACUCCUCGACACCCGGAACAAAAACAGAGACGGGCGCAGAUCGUGGCUGGUGGGUCGCCGGAGUCGGAGAAGCAAAACCCUAACCAUGGCGGCCGCCGAAGCCCCCCUCUGUUACGUCGGCGUCGCCAGAAAAUCCGCCGCUUUCCGCCUCAUGAAACAAAUGGGAUGGGAAGAAGGAGAAGGUCUUGGGAAAGACAAGCAGGGGAUCAAAGGUUAUGUCAGAGUAAAAAACAAGCAGGACAAUGCUGGUGUUGGUGUAGAGAAGCCUAACCAAUGGGCAUUCGAUACAACUCAAUUCGAUAGCAUCCUCAAAAGAUUGAAAGUUCAAGCAGCGCAACCCAGUGAUGAAGUUGGUGAGGCGAACGCCACUCAAGAGGUCAGAAGGGCAGCGUCUCCAGGGAUUAAUUUCGAUCUGGAUGGAGAAGUAGAGUCAGACAAGGCAUCUGAGAUUCAAGUUAUUUUCCCUGAAGGAGAAGCAUGCAAAGAAAUUCCUUCAGAUUGGUGGGGCCAUAAAUAUGGGUUUACCCGCGGAGGUUUGCUUGGAGCAGAGAUGAAAAGAAGAAAAUUAGAAAUGUCUGAAAAUGGUAAUGAGAGAAAAAUAUUUUACGAGGAUGAUCAAGUGAAUCUUUACAAUCUUGUUCAGGAUAAAUCCACAACUGGAAAGCAAGGACUAGGCAUCAGGGACCGGAAAAAGAAAGUAGCUGGUUGCUACUUUGAGGGGAAAAAGACAUCAUUUAAUGAUAGCGAUGAUGAAGAUUCUACUGAUCUUGGUUCUCCUGUGAAACAAAAAGGAGAUGACUCGUUGAAAAUGGAAAUUAGCAAUGAACCAAAAGUGAAGCUAAAAAAGCUUUGUAAACAGCUCGUUCGUCAGGCACCUGGAGAGUCACUGAAGCUGAAAACGUUGAAAGCUUUGAUCGACGAACAUUUGUCUUCUGUUUUCUCGGACUUUUCUUCAGAGAGAGAUGCUCUUGCUUAUUUGAGACAAAAACUGGACGGCAGCAAAACUUUCAUGCUGGAAGGAAAAAAAGUAAGUCUCAGGUCGAGGAGGGGCUGAAGAUUUUGUUAAAAAAUAUUGAGAGGUCAUUCUUUUUCUUAGCCGAUUUUGAGAUUUCCGCAUCGUGAUUCGUACAUUUGCAGAUAAGUCUAGUGUACAAUUAAAUUCAUAUGGGGAUCACCCGGAGUAGUUCUGUUGUAGUAAAAUCAGUGUCAUUUGUACUUCUGUUGUUUCCAUUUCGGUGAGAGGAUACGACUUAUUGUAAACAUCAUUUGUAGAGUUGUUUUCACAUUGUUAUGAUUGUUAACUAAGAAGAUAGGAGUAUGCAAUUCGUUUUUUUCUUUA